UGAUUGUAAAAAAUAGACAACAAAUAAAUGAACAGAAUUCAUUAUCAUCAUCAUCAUCAACAACAACAUCGACAUCAGCAUCGACAACAUUGAAUGAUAUACUUUUUCGUUCAAAUACGGUAAUCUGUUCACCAUUAUCUAAUAUAAAUUCUUAUCAUAAUCAUAAUCAUGAUUAUGAUCGAAGAAAGGAAGAGGAAAAAUUAUCAUCAUCAAAAUCAUUUUCUGAAUGUAAAAAAACAAUAAACAAUAACAACAAUCGAUACAAUCGAAAUUCAAUAUCGAAUAGUAAAAAACGUUCGAACGAUUGUAAUGAUGAUAAUAAUGGUUAUAAUGGUAAUAGUAAAAAAUCAACAACCAAUAAUAAUAAUAAUAAUAAUCAUAAAAGAAUUAAAACAUUAAGAAAAUUUAAAUUUGAUGAACAUAAAUCAUCACCAGUUUCUGGUACAUUUAUAUUGGAUUCAGAUAAUGAAGAAGAAUUUUCAGCAUUAAUGAGACAAGAUUGUGCUGUAAAACGUUCCGGUGAUAUUGAUCCAAGUUUAAAUAUUGUUAUUAUAACGCCGGAAGCAAGAGCUGAAAUUGCAAAAAUUGAUAAUAAAAUUGGUGAUUAUAUAUGCGCAUUAUGUAAAGAAUAUUUUGUUGAUGCAUUUGCAUUAGCACAACAUCGUUGUACACGUAUUGUACAUAUUGAAUAUCGUUGUCCAGAAUGUGAUAAAGUAUUCAAUUGUCCAGCAAAUUUAGCAUCACAUAGACGUUGGCAUAAACCAAAAUCAUUAUCAUCAUCAACAACAACAACAACAAAAACAACAUUAAUGAUACCAUCGAAUAAUCAUCAUUCAACGAUCAAUCAUCAUUCCAAUAAAUCUAGCCUAAAGACAUUAUUGAAUCAUUGUAAUAAUAAAUCUAAUAUAAAAUAA